CGAUCUCCCUCCCUCCCUCCCUCCCUCCCUCCCUCUCUCUCUCUCUCUCUCUGUGAGCUUUUACAACGUUGUUGUGUCUGUUUGUGUUUGGAGCCAACCGAUGGCUGUGCAAGAUAUGGAGGUUUCGGACGCGAGUGUCACGAGCGGAAACGCCCACACGAGCUCCACAACCACCUCUUCUCCGCAGUCUGUCUCGCCUACUUCGUCGUCUUCUCCUCCUCCCCCUCUUCCUCCGCCGACGCCGGUCAUCAUAAGCCCUUGCGCGGCCUGCAAGAUUCUGAGGCGAAGGUGUGCCGUCGAGAAGUGCGUGCUGGCGCCCUAUUUUCCUCCCACCGAGCCCGCCAAGUUCACUAUUGCCCAUCGCGUCUUCGGCGCAAGCAACAUCAUCAAGCUCUUGCAGGACCUUCCAGAAUCACAGCGAGCCGAUGCGGUGAGUAGCAUGGUGUAUGAGGCUGGGGCGAGGAUCAGGGACCCUGUCUAUGGCUGCGCAGGCGCGAUCUGCCAACUCCAGAAGCAAGUGAGCGAGCUCCAGGCUCAGCUGGCCAAGGCCCAAGCCGAGAUCCUCACCAUGCAACACCAGCAAACCAACCUGGUGGCCUUGCUGUGCAUGGAAAUGGCUCAGUCGGCUUCUCAGCCGCCAGCGCAACAAUUCGUCGACAAUCUAAUCGACACCAGUCCAACCAUCUACCAGAACAACAGUAACAACAACAUAAGCCCGUUCCUGGACGAGACCAACGUCAUGGGGUCCAUGUGGGAGCCGCUUUGGACAUGAUUAGAUCGACCCCUUUCAGGGUUUUGCAAUAGUUAUGCGACGUGGCUAGUCCUUUUAGCUCCUAGAACUUUGAGGAUGUUUUUCUAUGAAACUCUCCUAACUCAUGGGGCUAAAAUAUAGCUCAGAAAGAGAAGGAGAGGCCAAAUAAAGCUAAUUUGGAGCUAUUCCUAGUUAGGUAUAGGGCUGUACUAAGUGUACUAGACAUUAGUCUAUAGGUAAAGGUAUGAACAGAGGAAUUGAGGGGGAGAGGAGGAAGUUAGUUAGGAUCGUAUGGUCACUUUGUUAAAAAAGCUUGACAAAGCAGAUAGGGUCCCUUUCCUUCUGAUUUAGAUGUGUCGAUGUAAUAUGGGAGAGGGGAAAUUCUAAUUAUUGAAUCUGGAGCCACUUUCGGGUGACCUACCACUAUGAUGAUUACUUAAAGUUAAAUUUGAUGUAUUAUCAUGGCAAAUUCCCUUGUCUAAUCAUCUUUUGACCA